AAAUAACGAUGUCGUUUCUGUCGGUUAGUCUUCUGCAGUUCACCAACAAAGCAGCACGCUAAUCUUUACAAAACAAUCCAUAAAAAAGAAAAACUCGAUAAAGGCGUUGUCUUGCUUAGCCUACCGGAAAAUCUAAAGAGAUCUAUUAUGGUUUUUAAAAUUCAGGGUCAAAAUUUGAUGAGCUUAUCCGUGGUCAAUUCAGAAAGCAGCCUUAGUACUUGAAAGUAAUUGUUUGGUGGAUAGGAUUUGGAAAUUCGAGUCAAAUGCCGGAAGAGGAUUUAGUCGACAUAAAGUUUAGGCUUUAUGAUGGGUCUGAUAUCGGGCCGUUCCGGUACUCAUCGGCAUCGACGGUGGAUAUGCUUAAGCAGAGAAUUAUAUCCGAUUGGCCCAAAGGUAAAACAGUUACUCCAAAGGCAGUGAAUGAAGUGAAACUGAUUAGCUCUGGUAAAAUUUUGGAUAACAACAAAACAGUGGGCCAGUCUAGAACACCUUUUGGUGAAGUUGCUGCAGGAAUCAUCAUUAUGCAUGUUGUUGUACAGCCAUCUCUAGUAAAAAUGAAAACAGAAAAGAAGAUAAAUGAUUCUCCCAGGAAACUUGUGUGCUCAUGUUCCAUUUUAUGAAGGCAUGUAGAUAUUCGGGAAUGCUUUAGGUACAGUAUUUGUUUUGUUUGAACAUCCCAUGAUGGAUGUUACAGUAUUCAUGUGCACAUGUAUUCAGGAGUAAUAAAAUAGUGUUGAUGUGUUUAUAUUUCCUUAAA